GGCUCUUAGGGUUAAGGUUAGGGAGACUUGGUUACCUAGCUAAGACCCAACCGGUCCCUCCUCUCCCCCUCCCCGGUUCCUCCGCGGCUCCGCCUACCGCUCGCCAGUCCCUAGCAUCUGCUGUGCCGGCGACGCGCGCCACUCCGACCCCGCCGCCUCGCUCCCUCUCUGAGCUCGCUCGCCGCCGCGCUCCCCGCCGACCCCGCAACGUCCCCUCCGACCCCGCCGCCGCGCUCCCUCUCCGACCCCGCCGCCGCGCUAGCCGCCGACUGACCGCGGCCACCGCUGCCUGCGCGGCUCGUCGGCAGCAACGUCAAGGAGGUCAUCUUCAACAACCUCCUGUUCGAGGUCAGCCCCACCAGUUCCCUUGUAUCCUUCCUCCUCUUCUCCCAUCCCAACCGUGAAAAGCACGUUUUUUUUGGGAGGGGGAGCGGGUGGGGGCUGAUGUUGGGUAUUCCUGGGAAUACCCAGGAAUCACUGCAGCUCCGCCCCUGCUUCAUAGAUGGAGGUCCGGAUGACAGCUCACUUAAGAAGAGGGGAAGGAAGGAUAAGGGUGAGAAGCCCAGGAAAGGGGGGCAUGGUUCGAGGAAAGGACCUUCUCCAGGGAAACCUCAGCAUGGGAAGGUUAAGAAGCAGAAGAGGAGCGAUGAUGGGAAGAAAGGGAAAGGGCGAGGAAAGGACCGUUCAGGAAGCUCCGUGGUGAUGAAUCCUGGGGAUCUCAAGAAUCAGGAUGCACUGCCGUCCUCCAACACAUCAAAGCCGGUGCAAAACGUUCUUAGGAAAAGAGUUGAUCCUGAAACUGCAAAGUACUUUAUGGAGAUCUCAAAUCUCUUUGAUAACAAGGAGAUUGAUCUGGAUGAGCGCUCGACAAUAUGUGCUAACGCCUUGGAAGAAACAAGAGGAAAAGAGCUUGAACUUGCUACUGAUGCUGUUAUAAGCCACACCUUGCAGGUUCUUGUAGAAGGCUGUGAGUUGGAUCAGUUAUGCACCUUCCUCCGCAAUUGCAUCGGGUCCUUUCCAGUAAUUGCCAUGGAUAAAAAUGGGUCACAUGUUGCAGAAGCAGCUCUCAAGUCACUUGCAACACAUCUCGAAGAUGAGACCUCCAGGAUCAUGAUAGAAGAGAUACUGAACAAGAUAUGCAAGGUUAUUGCUGCAGAUGCUGCCAAUGUGAUGUCCAGCUGCUAUGGGUCACAUGUUCUUCGCACUUUGCUUUGUCUUUGUAAGGGUGUCCCGUUAGAGUCACUGCAGGACUUCCACACGACUAAGAGAUCUGCUGUUCUAGCUGAGCGGUUGAGUUGUGGUACAAAUCAAUCUGGUGGACAUGGUCCAAAGAAUUUUGAAAAUGGUUUCUCAGACAUGUUUAAGUCUUUUGUCAGAGAGAUGUUGCAUAAUGCAAAGGCUGACAUUGCAAACUUACGAGUUGACAAGAACAGUAGCCUUGUUUUACAGACUGCACUGAAACUAUCCUCCGGUGAUGAUAAUGAGUUGCAUCAUAUAAUAUCAAUACUUCUUGGUUAUGAUGACGAUGAUACUGUAGAGAAGAGAGAUUACAGUGAAAGAAAGGAGGAAAUUGUGGCAUUACUUGAAGAAAGUGCUUAUAGCCAUCUCCUAGAGGUCAUUGUGGAGGUUGCCCCAGAGGAAUUGCGCAAUGGUAUGCUUGUAGGUGCUCUUAGGGGUGCAUUAUUUGCAAUCUCAUCUCACCACUGUGGCAAUUAUGUUGUGCAAGCUUUGAUAUCAUCAGCGAAAACCUCAGAUCAGAUGAAUCAAAUAUGGGAGGAACUUGGUCCAAAAAUUAAGGAAUUGCUCGAGCUAGGAAAAACAGGGGUUGUAGCUUCCAUCUUAGCAGCAUGCCAGCGGCUUGAAACUUAUCGCCUUGAGAGUUCUCAAGCUCUUUCUGCGGCAUUAAGUUCAGAUUCUGAGUCUCCUGAUAGCAUUGUUGCACAUGUACUGUUUCUUGAGAACUACCUACGGGAGAGAUCUUAUUGGCAAUGGCCUCGUGGUACAAAGAUGAGUGUCCUGGGUUGCUUGAUGCUGCAAUCGAUUUUCCAAUAUCCACAUCAAUAUAUACGACCAUAUGUUGCAAGCUUGCUGGCUAUGGAAGAUGAUCAGGUCCUCCAAAUUUCCAAGGAUUCAGGAGGUAGCCGUGUUCUUGAGGCUUUUCUAGGUUCAAGUGCCACAGUAAAGCGAAAAUUUAAAGUAUUUGGAAAGUUGCAAGGUCAUUAUGGAGAGAUUGCUAUGAAUCCUUCUGGCUCAUUCUUAGUAGAGAAGUGCUUUACUGCCAGUAAUUUUUCACAUAAGGAGGCUAUAGUAGCAGAGCUGCUGGCUGUGCAAUCCGAACUAUCCAAAACAAGACACGGGUUCCACUUGCUAAAGAAGCUGGACGUUGAUAGAUAUGCUAGGCGACCUGAGCAGUGGAGGGCUAGUCAGACUUCAAAAGAAACAACUCACAGACAGUUUGAGGUUGAAUUUGGUUCUAACAGUAAACCUGUUGCACAAAAUUUCAAAGAAAAGGUCCCUUCUCAAAGUUCCAUGAAGAAACGGAAGCAGAAGUCUGACAAAAGUACUGAGGAUGCCGGCAACAACAAACCAGAUUUCACUCAGAAUGGAAACAGUAAGAGGCCAAAAUCUGCCAAGGCAACUUCUGAGAAAGAAUCUAGCAGCAAGAAACUUGCAAGCCAUGGCACCAGCAUGGCAUUCUUGAAGGACUCUGGCAAGAGGAAAUCACCUGGUUUCCUCUCAGAUAAACCAAGCCUCAAGAAACAAAAACAUCAGAGACCCACUUCUCGUAAACCAGACGGCAAGAGGUUUGUUCAAGGUAGUAGUGCUAGCAUGCUGUUUGUCAAGAACACUGGCAAACCAAAACAGUCCAUUGCUGAGCUUGCUGGUCUGGCUGGUAAGGAGAAGCUGUCUGCGUCUGAAAUCCGCAAAUUGCUGAAGCCCGAAAUGCCAGGCAAGAGCUAAUCCUUCCCAGGCCGUGUAAGCAGGUGUAGGAAAUUAGAAAUGAGACUCUGAUCUUUUGCCCCUGUUGUCGCAAAUGUGAUGUAGCAAUUUUGUUUGCCAUUUCCGCAACGUACGGUUUAAGAUGGGCUUGUCUCAGAAUGUGUUUCUUGUGCAUGUCUCGAGACCGAUUUCUUCUUUUGUUACAUAGGUGCGCUAGUGUUACAUAGGUGAGUUUCUUGUGCGUGUCUCAGAAUGAGUCCAGGUCAAGAUUCUUCUGCAUAUUUGGCCUCAUUUCUCUCGUGCGCUAGUGUUGCAUACCUGAAUUGUAAUAGUACCAACUCUGUUUUUAAGUAUAUGAUGUUUAAAUCAAGCUAAUUACUUCCUUUU